AUGGAGAAGCAACUAGCAACUUUACUCAACGAAGAGUUCCUAUCGGAAUUCGAGUGCCCCAUCUGCACCAAGUACAUACUGCCGCCGAUCCGCCAAUGCCGCAGCGGCCACUGCUUCUGCCAGGACUGCUUCGACAAGAUCCCGAGAUGCGCCCUUUGCAGGGCCCCGAAAUCAGAAAACCGCUCCAUCACUUUGGAGAAGGUGCAGACCUGUCUCACGUUCCCGUGCCUUUACGUGGAAGAAGGGUGUGACUUCCAAGCCCCGUGCAAGGAAAUAACGCUCCACCAGAAGCACUGUAAGUUCUCCGUGGUCCCUUGUGCCCUCAGGUUCAACGGCUGUCGGUGGCAAGGGGACAAAUCCGAAAUGAUAGCUCACUGCAGGACCCAUCAUCGAUACAACAUUUUCUUCACCACCAGGCAGAAGUUCCGAUCGUCUAGGUUUAGAAACCGCAUCGACAGGAUUUAUUAUAUAGUGUUCUACGUGUUCAACAAUCUUUUUAGAUGCACCUGGGAUCUGGACAGUGAGACUGGUUUGAUGCGUUUUGCGGUUUACUGUCUAGGUAAGCCCCUGGGGAAGGAUAGGUUCGGAUUUGAGAUGUCCUAUUUGCAGCGGGACGGCAACACGAAGGUGGUUACCGUGAUAGCGCCCUGCUACCCGUUGGAGGAUGACAGCGAGAUGUUCUUGAAAGGUAGACAUUUUGUUAUGCACCACGAACUAGUGAAAAGACAUUGUGAUGAAGACGGCACCCUGAAUUAUUCGGUAAAUAUUUUUAAGAGAAAAUAA